AUCGGGAUGGUCAAUUUGUUGUUGACUCUUUCUGCUAAGAACGUAUUUGUCAACUACCUCACACAGACUUUUGUUGAAGCAAGCAUUGAGAUUUCCGUAUUUGGUUCGAGAAGGCAAUGGCGGCGAAUUUUGUGACGUCACUGAUGACCCGUCUGAGGGGAAGAGGCCAAAAGAAGAGCCCGGAUGAGAAGAAGAAGAGACGUUCAUGUAUAGUCAGCUGGUUCUCGACCUCCGACCUGGAUAAUGUCGAUGAAGAUUCUACAUUCCUAUUCGACGAUAGUGGUCUUGACGUCACAUCCGGUCCAAGAUCCCCGUCAAGGAGAGACCGUGAUUCUGGCUAUAUUGGCAGGUUUUCCAGUCAUGAAGAUGUUUGCAGCGGGUGGAUUCUGGAAGACUCAGUAUGCAUCGACCUCGAAAGAGGGGAAGUCAUUACCUGUUUCAAUCCUGAACAGGACAUGAUCCGAAAAGCUGAGUCUCUCUCCAGCCUUGUACGCUGUACAAGCAUCCAAGACAGGUCAUUGAAGGUCACACGUAAGCGACGUCAGAAUAUGGCCAAACGAAAUCGUCGAAACAAGUACUUAUCUUUCAAGAAGGCCAUCUUCCCAGAUGAAGGUAUUGACGUCACUUCCGGUGAAGGAUGCACAACAGAUGAUUCUUCCGAUGAGAUAGUUGAACCACCCAUGGAGAAGAAAAUUUCUCCGACUGAGAAAAGAAGAAGCAAGAAGGCCCUUGACGAUUAUUCUUCCGAUGAGGUGGUAGAACCACCCAAGGAGAAGAAAGUUUCCCCAAAUGAGAAAAGAAGAAGCAAGAAGCCCCUUGACGUCAUCGUCCGUCAGAACAGCGUUCAGAAGAAGUCUUGGGAAAUCAGACGUCGUCGGAAACAGGAACUCCAGAAGAAGAGGCGAUCCGCAAACCUUGAAGCCAGUCCUGAUGCUGCUAGAGUGGAGUGAGAUGGACCCUCUGGACAACAAGUACAGUCAAGGGAUGAGGUGAUGCUACGGCCUCACGGCGUUUUGUGCUGUGGGCGUUUGGCUCCAUUGCCCGGACGAUGGAGGUGAAGUUUUGUUUGUUUGUUUAACGUCAGAAAUAGUACAGCUUUAUGACGGUAGCCUGUAAAUAAUAGUCUGGGCCAUUCAAACCAGUGAUUGAUAUUAUGAGCAACGUCAUCGGGGUAGGAUGGCACGCGAUCAACCAAAUCACCAAGCCUGACACCAUCCAUAUAGUCGCCUCUUACGACCAGCUUAGUUGCCCAGAGCAUCUCUAACCCGGAUUCCCCCUGAAAUGGACAUGAAGUAUGAUGGUACAAUGUUGGUAAACGGACGGAAGUAGGAGGAGGAUUAUUGCCUUUCUGCGGAGGCAUUUUGGAUUGUACUCUUUGACUGCAAACAAUACAGCAGGAUAUGUAUACAGAGUGGCAUGCCAUUGGACAAUGUGCAGCCCCAUUUAUUUAAACACUUUACUUAUCUGCUAACUCACAUGUUGUAGUACUGGUGUAUUAAAAUGUAAUAGCUUAAUUCCGUAGAGACAGUGGCGUUGGGCAGGAGAUAGAGCGGCCUAUUCCCUUUGAAUUGGUAACAUUGGUAACGAAGCUUUAAAGUAUGAUGUGAGGGACGUUAACAAGGACAGUGGCACGUCCUAAUGAUAGAGGACGUUUAGUUACUUCAUUCAGUUUGUUUGUUUGUUGUUUAAUGCCGUACUUAGCAAUAUGACAGCGGCCUGUAAAUAAUCGAGUCCUGACCAGACAACCCAGUGACUUACAUCAUGAGCAAUUGCGUAGAUCG